AUCAUGGGACCAGUCAGUCUAUACGGCAGCCAUGGCAACAUAUUUAGCUGUAGACAGCUGCCUGCAGGAGUUAUGAAAGCAUGAGCAAGUUUCUCACCAACUUUUCAACCGUUUGUUUGGCAGAUAAGGUAGGUUAAACUUGUACGCCAGUAAGCUUUCUGCAGAGCUUAAAUGGCUGUCAUCUGCGAGAAAAGGCUUAACACUUGAAACAAAUAACGAGCGACGACGUUAAGUUGAUAGCUUUAGUUAGCAGGCUAACUAAGCUGCUAGUUUGGUAAUUAUGCGGGCUAAAUGGAAGCUAUUAUUCUCAAGAUGUUGACAGCACUAAAGUUUGUUCGUAAGCGCAUUUUAGCCCCACAUGGUCGGUUACCACCUUAAAGGCCAAUAUAAGGAUUUUUGCGACUAUGUCCGGGGAGCGAGCUCCGCUACCAGCUGGAGGGGACGGCCUACUCCGAGGGAGCCGCACAAGAUCUUACGGGAGUUUGAUCCGAUCUCCGCUGUCCCCGGUGCGCCAGAGACGCAUUGAACAUGUAAUUCAGCCGGGAGAGACACUGCAAGGCCUGGCCCUAAAAUACGGAGUGUCUAUGGAGCAAAUCAAAAGGGCAAACAGACUGUAUACCAAUGACUCGAUAUUCCUGAAAAGGUCCUUGUCAAUCCCUGUGAUGGCAGACUUGGACGACUACAGUAAUGGGUUGCAUCUGGCUGAGGACGACAGCCACAAAGGCAGUGUUAACUCUGCUUCGCAUCACAAUGGGCACACAGGGAGUUCUUCUGAGAAAAAGCAAGAAGACUGUAAAGAUCUCACUCCAGUGGAUUUUUUGAAAAGGUUGGAUGACUUGAUAAGCCAGUCCAAGCAGGCUGCAGUCAAAGGAUGCCAGGAAGCAGAGAAAAGGGUUGCUGCUUUAGAAGGGGCUUGCAGCAGCAGGACAUCGGAUUGGCGGCCACUUACAAGGUCGCAGAGCGUCAGUUCAUCUUCCAGGAUGCAGCAGCAGGCAAUACACAGGGCAGUACCGCUCACUGUCACUAAACUGACCAAGAAUCUGAGAGACAGGGAAGAUGAGAUCUUUGAACUGUGACAUGUCUGUCACUCAGAUCAUUAAUGGAACUUUCCCAGGGAGCCGUGACUUCUGCAUUUGACCUCCAGGAUAACGGAGCAUUGCAGAUAAAGGAAUAAAAGGAAUUCCCGCUGCUGCAUAGAGUUAAAGCAUAAGUGUGCUUUCAUACUUCCAUAUAAUGCAAAAACUAUAGUUACUUUAAAAAAAAAAGGAAUAUUGCACAGUUGUGUAGCCUUGUUGUUUAUUUGGUAAGACAUACUGUAGAUCGUGAAAAGCUGCAUAUGAUUUCUCACGUGCAGAAAUGGAAACUUGAAAUGUGAAGAAUGAGAAAUCAGUCACGUGAUUGAUCAUAUGGUCAGCACAAAGUGGUUUGUGUGUAAUUGCCUCAGAUUUUCAGAUUUGUACCUGAAGUUUUUCAAUUCCAUUUCUUAUGUUCACUGUGUUAAUAAUGACAAUAAACUGAUAAGAAAUACUUUUUUUUUUUUUCUGUUUUUGUUUAAAAAUUUAGCCAAAGUUAAAAAAAACAACUGAUGUUUAGAUUAUUUGAUAGCAAUAAUCG